AUGGCUCAGCGACGAAGCAGAAACCUUGGCGUUGUGGUGGCCAUUGCCGUCGCAGGAACGUGGUGCACCAGCUUCGUAGCGCCCUCCGGUGGAGGUGAGGCAAGCCGGCGCGAGGCCUUGCUGGGCCUGGCCGGGGCCGCGACUGCCGCGACCCUGUCCUCAGAGCCGGCCCUGGCCUUCGACGAAGCAGGACCGUGGCUCGGGUACUACAGCGACCCCCAGCACCCCAUGUGCCCCCGCAAGAUUGUCUACGAGUAUGACCUCUACAAGGACGGGCCUAGGGACGAUUCUUGUGGAUCUUGCUCCUUCUUGCAGCAGCCUUUCAUGUGCUCUGCCUGGCAGACCGCGACGAUCAUGGUGGUGGGUGGCGAUGGCGACCCCGGGUGCGAGAAGAAGGUGUCCAAGAGGUGGACGGCCAAGGUAGACUUCAAGGCGGGCUCCGACAGCAUCACCAUCGACUUCAGCAAGAAGGGUGGCCCUGCGGAUGUGGUUGGAAAGUGGGACAAGGACGGCAUCGUCUUCCCUGACGGCAACAAGUGGAAGAAGAUCAUCUCCUUCACCAACGCCGACGGCCAGCUCCUGGCCUGA